GUAUCACCGGCACACUUGGCAACAAUAAAAUGCGGGAGAGUUGUUCAUGACAGCCGGUUGGAAACACGACAUGGGUAGCGCAGCCAACAUGGAGUCAAGCAACACCACUUUCUCCUUCUCCAAGGCAUAUCAUCGAUUGUUCGUUGAGUUAGCCGAUCCUCGUACCAAUGACUGGUUCCUCAUCAAAAGUCCACUGCCAGGUAUGACCAUCAUCGGACUGUACCUGUACUUCACACUGAAAUGGGGUCCGCGGUAUAUGGCUGAUAAAAAGCCCUUCCAACUUCAAAAGACUUUGGUCGUUUACAAUUUCAUUCAAGUGCUAGUCAGCAGCUGGUUGUUUUAUGAGGGUCUGGAUGCCGGUUGGUUAAGGACUUAUAGUUGGAAAUGUCAGGGCGUGGACUUUUCAAGAUCGCCAGAAGCUAUGAGAGUAGCUAGAGGCGUCUACGUGUACUUCCUCGCGAAGAUAUCCGAACUCCUCGACACGGUCUUCUUCGUAAUCAGAAAGAAGAAUAACCAAAUCACUUUCCUUCAUUUGUAUCACCACACCGUGAUGCCGAUGAUAUCUUGGGGAGCCACCAAAUACUACCCAGGAGGACAUGGAACCUUGAUUGGUGUUAUCAACUCCUUUGUUCACAUUAUUAUGUAUACGUAUUACAUGUUAGCCGCUUGUGGACCUCAAUUCCAGAAGUACUUGUUUUGGAAGAGACAUAUUACUACAUUGCAAAUGCUCCAGUUCUGCAUCGCCUUUCUUCAUUCGUUUCAAUUGGUCUUCUACGAUUGCGGCUACCCACGUUGGUCCAUUGUCUUCACCCUGCCUAACUCCAUAUUCUUCUAUUACCUCUUCUACGAUUUCUACUACAAAGCCUAUGGCAAACCAGGAGAUAAAGGCAAAGCAAAACUUAACGCUGGAGAUACCAAAAAUCAUGAAAAUGGUAAUGCUAAUGGUAUUAAAAAUGGCCACAACAAACACAAUAGUACGAAAGAAGACAAGAAGGAGAUGUAAGGAGAACAUGUGAUUCGUUUUAUUCUAAUAAUUAGCAUGAGAGAAAUGAAAGCGGCAAUGAAGUCUUAAAUAUGUACAGUAGCUCUUUAGUCUUCGGGAGGGCCAUCUAUUAUAUUAAAGUUUCAAGAUUUUUAUGUAAUAGAUAUGCGGCUCUUGAUAGAAGUAGAGCCAAUAUUGUGAUUCUUAUAGAAUCUCACCUUACUGUUGAUAUAUAAAUAGUUAGGUAAAGAUACAUGGCUCCAUGUUCAGACUUUGACAAAAUUUGCAAUGAAUUUUGUGAAAGAUUGAAACUUGAAUAAGUAACAAUUUUAUUCAGUAUAAUGAAAUAUUUGGUUUUAUGCCAAGGUAACCGAUUUAGGUUAAAACAAGUAAUAUUUUGAUGUUAAAAACCAAAUUA